GAUAGCAGGUUUUCUCCCUUCUUUUAAUUUCUAUAAUAAGAAAAAAAACCUAUACCAAGCCUGAAUCUGACAGACUUUUACAGGAAACACGGGCUGAGGAAGAUGUCACAAUACUUGGUCCAUAUACUCCUGCCACCUUUUAGGUUUCUUCUCCUCUCCAACUUUUACCCUCCCUUUUUCUAAGUGCUAAACAUUCCAGUUUUUGGAUCUAUUCAAUCUUACCACCUGGUUAAAUUGGAUGUGCACACCMCAAAUACGAUUAAUGGUUUGUUAAGACUCUUUCCUUUGCAAGAGAUUGGAAUUUAGUCCAAACCAGCUUAGAGCAAAAGGAGAUUUUUUAAAAUUUUUUGCUCAUGGAAUCAAAGGAAACUUACCAGUCAUACUGCUAAAAGACAGGGAUUUAGCAAGUCCUCAAAAACCACUGGCACCUGGGACUUAAACCUACUGGUAACAAGUCCAAUUCUUAUUUUACAGCUUUUGACCAGCUGGAAGGGGCUGWCUUACAUUCUUUAUAACUCAAAAUUCAAAAAUGCUGGGCAAGAACUUCAAAUGGCACGACUUGGUCAGCUGCCUGACCAAGUACCAACUGCUUAUGAUGUGUGUGUUCUAUAAGAACAAAGCACUUCUCAGGGAAACCAAAUACUUGAGGAGGGAUCUUUUCCAAGUAAAAUGAAGAAUUUUACCAUAGCCAUAGUACUCUGGAGUAGUUUUCACUACCCUUGAGUAAAACACAAGAUAACCAUUUCUCCAAGUUCCAUACCAGCAGUUUAAACAAAGUGUCCAACAGACCACAGAGGAGGGGACAAUGAUUGCUUGCCAGAUAGCACAGAGAAAUACUUCCAUUGAUGCCUCUUGAGGUGAGCCUUUAGGAUUGAGUGUGAUUUGUCAAGCCAAGGGAGGAUUCAGGGGAGAGAGACUUCCAGGCUUGAGCAAAUGGACAUAAAUACCUCCUCUUCCAGAACCUCUCCUUUCACAUGUUGGGGAAAAAAAUAUACAUGAAGUCAUCAGAAAACAAGGGAUAAAAGUAUCAUAGGACAAGGACAGGAGAUUAAGCGAUCAUUCACAAACUGUGUGAACAAACAAGUGAUUUAACCCCCCUACAACUUGACUUUCCAAUACAUGUUACACAGGAUGCUAAUGGUAUCCUGAGAAGGCUCAAACGAUGAUUAAAUGGGACAGUCCCUUAGCCAACGCAAGGGCUCAAUAAACACUAGAGAGUGAUAUUAGCAACUUUUAAUAUAYGUAAGUGUAGCUGGAAGGCUGUAUUGGAUACUGUAUCCUGGCUAGAUUCUAUACCUAUUUAAAGUGAGUUAUUUAUGAAGACCAGUCAUAAUUAUUGUGAAGUUCUUUAAAAUGCUCCUUUCUAUAGUCCGGAGAUGUACUGUGGGCACAAAGCUAAAGAAACCACGAAAUGGAAAUGAGAGUUUAAAUGCUUUGACUCAACUCUAGAUUGAGACGAAUUAAAAAGGAGGAUAAAAGUAAGGCAUGCUUUUACAAAGAAGACCAAAAGUGCAAGGAAGAGGUCCUCCGGAGGACUGCAGAGCGCGGGGAUGCAGUCCCAGUGGAACCCAGGUCAGGGGAAGUGAGAUCCCCACGGAGCCAAAGCAAAGGCAUUACCAAGAAACCCCGCRAUUCAGAGGAGCUAGACCUCGCGUUCCCGGGCAGCGAACACCAAGAACAAGCUCGAGAAGCAAAGCUAGCCGCAAUCUUCACACCAUCUCGUCCGCCACCGAAUCCGGCCUUCCAAAACCGCCAUUACCAAGAGAGCCUGUCAGCUCCUUCACCUAGCUGAGUCCCCUUCCCGUCUUCCUCGGCGCGACGCAGUGACGUCACUUCCGGUCCCGGCGCGCACGUGGGAGGAAGUGCCGGUGCCCGCGGCUGCCGCUCCUGUCUCUCUGGUUACGCUGGUCCGCUGGCCCAGCCGCUGACUCCAGGUGCGCUGCUGCUAUGGGAGUCCCAGCGUUCUUCCGCUGGCUCAGCCGMAAGUACCCUUCCAUCAUUGUCAACUGCGUGGAAGAGAAGCCAAAAGAAUGCAAUGGUGUCAAGAUUCCAGUUGAUGCCAGUAAACCUAAUCCAAAUGAUGUGGAGUUUGAUAAUCUGUAUUUGGAUAUGAAUGGAAUCAUCCAUCCCUGUACUCAUCCUGAAGACAAACCAGCACCAAAAAAUGAAGAUGAGAUGAUGGUUGCAAUUUUUGAGUACAUUGACAGACUUUUCAAUAUUGUAAGACCAAGACGACUUCUCUACAUGGCAAUAGAUGGAGUGGCACCACGUGCUAAAAUGAACCAGCAGCGUUCAAGGAGGUUCAGAGCAUCAAAAGAAGGAAUGGAAGCAGCAGUUGAGAAGCAGCGAGUCAGGGAAGAAAUAUUGGCCAAAGGUGGCUUUCUUCCUCCAGAAGAARUAAAAGAAAGAUUUGACAGCAACUGUAUUACACCAGGAACUGAGUUCAUGGACAAUCUUGCUAAAUGCCUUCGCUAUUACAUAGCUGAUCGUUUAAAUAAUGACCCAGGGUGGAAAAAUUUGACAGUUAUUUUAUCUGAUGCUAGUGCUCCUGGUGAAGGAGAACAUAAAAUCAUGGAUUACAUUAGACGACAAAGAGCCCAGCCUAACCAUGACCCAAACACACAUCAUUGUUUAUGUGGAGCUGAUGCUGAUCUCAUUAUGCUUGGCCUUGCUACACAUGAACCCAACUUUACCAUCAUUAGAGAAGAAUUCAARCCAAACAAACCCAAACCAUGUGGUCUUUGUAAUCAGUUUGGACAUGAGGUCAAGGAUUGUGAAGGUUUGCCAAGAGAAAAGAAGGGAAAGCACGAUGAGCUUGCAGAUAGUCUCCCAUGUGCUGAAGGAGAGUUCAUCUUCCUGCGGCUGAAUGUUCUUCGGGAGUAUUUGGAAAGGGAACUUACCAUGGCCAGCCUACCAUUCACAUUUGAUGUGGAGAGGAGCAUUGAUGAUUGGGUCUUUAUGUGCUUCUUUGUGGGAAACGACUUCCUUCCUCAUUUGCCUUCCUUAGAGAUUAGGGAAGGUGCAAUUGACCGUUUGGUUAACAUAUACAAAAACGUGGUACACAAAACUGGGGGUUACCUUACAGAAAGUGGUUAUGUGAAUCUGCAGAGAGUACAGAUGAUCAUGUUAGCAGUUGGUGAAGUUGAGGAUAGCAUUUUUAAAAAGAGAAAGGAUGAUGAGGACAGUUUUAGAAGACGACAGAAGGAAAAAAGAAAGAGAAUGAAGAGAGAUCAACCAGCUUUCACUCCUAGUGGAAUUCUAACCCCUCAUGCCUUGGGUUCAAGAAAUUCACCAGGUUCUCAAGUAGCCAGUAAUCCAAGACAAGCAGCUUAUGAAAUGAGGAUGCAGAAUAAUUCUAGUCCUUCAGUAUCUCCUAAUACAAGUUUCACAUCUGAUGGCUCCCCAUCUCCGAUAGGAGGAAUUAAGCGAAAAGCAGAAGACAGUGACAGUGAACCUGAGCCAGAGGAUAACGUCAGGUUAUGGGAAGCUGGUUGGAAGCAGCGGUACUACAAGAACAAGUUUGAUGUUGAUGCAGCUGAUGAGAAAUUCCGUCGUAAAGUUGUACAGUCUUACGUUGAGGGACUUUGCUGGGUUCUUCGAUAUUAUUACCAGGGCUGUGCUUCCUGGAAGUGGUAUUAUCCAUUCCAUUAUGCCCCAUUUGCUUCAGACUUUGAAGGUAUUGCAGACAUGCCUUCUGAUUUUGAGAAGGGCACUAAACCGUUUAAACCCUUGGAACAACUUAUGGGAGUUUUUCCUGCUGCAAGUGGUAAUUUUCUACCUCCAUCUUGGCGGAAACUCAUGAGUGAUCCUGAUUCUAGUAUAAUUGACUUCUAUCCUGAAGAUUUUGCUAUUGAUUUGAAUGGGAAGAAAUAUGCAUGGCAAGGUGUUGCUCUGUUGCCAUUCGUGGAUGAGCGAAGGCUGCGAGCUGCCCUAGAAGAGGUAUACCCAGACCUCACUCCGGAAGAAAAUAAAAGGAACAGCCUUGGAGGUGAUGUUUUGUUUGUGGGGAAACAUCACCCACUCCAUGACUUCAUUUCAGAGCUGUAUCAGACAGGUUCCACUGAGCCAGUGGAUGUGCCACCUGAACUUUGUCAUGGGAUUCAAGGAAAAUUUUCUUUGGAUGAAGAAGCCAUUCUUCCAGAUCAAGUAGUAUGUUCUCCUGUUCCCAUGUUACGAGAUCUGACACAGAACUCUGCAAUCAGCAUUAAUUUUAAAGAUCCACAAUUUGCUGAAGAUUACAUUUUUAAAGCUGUAAUGCUUCCAGGAGCAAGAAAGCCAGCAGCUGUGCUAAAACCAAGUGACUGGGAAAAAUCCAGCAAUGGACGGCAGUGGAAGCCCCAGCUUGGCUUUAACCGGGACCGGCGGCCUGUCCACCUGGAUCAGGCAGCCUUCAGGACUUUGGGCCACGUUAUGCCACGGGGCUCAGGAACUGGUAUUUACAGCAAUGCUGCACCACCACCUCCCACUUACCAGGGAAACUUAUACAGGCCACUGUUGAGAGGACAAGCCCAAAUUCCAAAACUAAUGUCAAAUAUGAGGCCCCAGGAUUCCUGGCGAGGUCCUCCUCCUCUUUUCCAACAGCAAAGAUUUGACAGAGGUGCUGGAGCUGAACCUUUACUGCCGUGGAACCGGAUGCUCCAAACCCAAAAUGCAGCCUUCCAGCCAAACCAGUACCAGAUGUUAGCCGGGCCUGGUGGGUAUCCACCUAGACGAGAUGAUCGUGGAGGAAGACAGGGAUAUCCCAGAGAAGGAAGGAAAUACCCUUUGCCACCACCCUCAGGAAGAUACAGCUGGAAUUAAGCUUUUGUAAAGCUUUCCCAAAUCCUUUCAUCAUUCUACAGUUUUAUGCUAUUUGUGGAAAGGAGAUUUCUUUUCUCAAGUAGUAGUUUUUAAUAAAACUACAGUACUUUGUGUAUUUCUUUUAACUGUAUAUUUUUACUGAUCUGAUCUCACUGUUUUAUGUUGCUUUCCAAAGAUGUGUUGUUGCAUAAUACAGUGGAUCUGAAUUUAUUAUUGCUUGUAAAACACAUUUGAUGGAAUUAGGAGUACUGGUUUUUCAUUAUGGUUAAAARUCAAACCAGCUGUGGAUUUCAAAACACAGUGUAUUCUUAUUCUAGAUCAUCUAAGAUCCAUGCUGAUUUUUAAUGCACAAGAAUUAGGUGUGAACUCUUGAGCUGGAACCCUCAGCAAACUAGAGUGUAUAUUGUUCAGUAUUUCUUUGGAAACAUUUCAUUAACGUACUUGUCUUACAGAAAUUUCUGGACUUUAGUAAAAAAAUAAAAUAAAGUUAAACUUUAAAAACUC